AUGGCAACACUUCUUGAAUAUCCAACAACAUCGGAUGAUGAAGAAUCUUUGGAUGAUGAAAAAACAGCAAGUGGUUCAUUUCGAAAUGGAGAUUUUCAAGGACGAGUUUUUAAAUGGACUAAUUAUUUACAUGGAUGGCAAGAAAGAUAUGUUAUAUUAAAAAAUGGAUUUUUAAAUUAUUAUAAAAAUGAAUAUGAUAUUGGUCUUGGUUGUCGAGGAGCUCUUUCUGUUAAACAAGCUUUGAUUCAGUCUCAUGAAUUUGAUGAAUGUCGUUUUGAUAUACGUGUUGGUGAUUCUGUAUGGUAUUUACGUGCGCAUAGUCCUGGUGAUCGUAAACAAUGGAUACAGGCAUUAGAAGAUCAUAAACAAAUGUGUAAAAGUGAAUCCGGUUAUGGAAGUGAAACAAGUUUAAGACGUCAUCCAAGCCUUGGCUCAUUAGCAUCAACAGCAAGUGCUAGUGUUGCUUCAACUGGUUCAUUUAAAAAAGAUCGUAGUUUAAAAGAAAAAUUAAAUGAAUUAGAAACAUUUCGAGAAUUACUCGUACAACAAGUUGCUACAUUACAAACUUAUUUUGAUGCAUGUGCUAAUGCAGUAACAAAAGGAUUUGAACCAUAUCAAAAAGAAUAUGAAAAUGCAAAUGAUUUAGAUUUUGAAGAGCCACUAGAUAAACAUUAUUCAAAAUUAAUACCAAAUGAUAAUACAAUCAAAAAUUCAUCUAUAAAACCAAAAAUUGAUCGAUUGGCACUUAAGGAUCAUGCAGCUAUGGCUAUAGAUUUCAAAGGAGAAGCUUUAACAUUUAAAGCAACAACAGAUGGUGUCAUACAUAAUGUAGCAUUUUGUAUUGAAUUAAUGCAAAAACGAGAAGAUAUUUGGAGAAAAAAAUAUGAAAAAGAAUUGGAACGUCGUAAAAAAUUGCAAGAUUUAUAUAGUAAAACGAAUAAACAAAAAAUUUCUGCAUUUGGUUCACCAGAUGCUGAAGAAGGACCACAUAGUACAUUAAAAGAAGAAGAAUUUUUCGAUGCACUUGAUCAAUCUCUUGAUCGAAUCGAUCGUGAAAAUGAUAAAUAUCAAUUUUCAAUAAAUGAUGAGGGCCUUGAACUAUCAUCAUCAUCAUUCGCGAAUAAAAGUUUAGAAAAGAAUUCAUUCAAAAAUCAACAUAGUUCUUUACCAUUGGAUGAGUCGAAAUUAUCAUCUCAAUCAAAAUCCUCUAUAAAAUCAACAGUAAAUAGAUCAAAAUCUUCAUCUAAAAAUGCUCCUACAACAAUUACUGAUGCAACGAUUGUAUCAACAUCAAAUGACGAUAGUUUAGUGAUCAAAGACAAACAUCGAUUGUCUGACGAUGUUGAACGCAUUGUUCAAGAACAUUUAAAAUAUGUUAGUGAAGAUGUAUCACAUGGUUGGGAUUUAAUACAUCAAGACGGUGAAAUGAAAGUCUAUCGACGUGAAGUUGAAGAAAAUGGAAUUGUUGUUGAUCCACUUAAAUGUUUUCAUACGAUAAAAGGUGUUACCGGUCAUGAACUUUGUCAAUAUUUUUGGGAAUUUCAAUAUCGAAUGGACUGGGAAACAACACUUGAUUCAACAAAAAUAAUUGAAGUAUUAGAUCCAGAUACAAUGGUAUUUUUUCAAGUACAUAAACGUGUAUGGCCAGCUGCACAACGUGAUUCAUGUUUUUGGUCUCAUAUUCGAUGUAUAUCGAAUUCAGAGGAAGAUCAACCAACAUGGCUUGUAGUUAAUUAUACUACAUCACAUCCACUUGCACCUAUUAAAUCACCUCAAGUUCGUCUUGUUGCUAAUGUUGCUUUAAUAUGUGAAACAAUCAUAUGUGAACCACCAUUAAAUCCACAAGAUAUUAAACGUGAAAAUAUCCAAUGCAAACUUACUUAUGUUGCUUUUGUCAAUCCUGGUGGAUGGGUUCCCAGUGCAGCAUUAAGAGGUGUGGCAAAACGUGAAUAUCCUCGUUUUCUUAAGCGUUUUACCUCUUAUGUAAUUGAACAGACACGCAAUAAACCCAUCCUAUUUUGA